CCCCCUCCCCCGCCGCGGAUCCUGGCCGCAGCUCUCUGGACCCAGGAUGCCGGGGGGCAAGAGAGGGCUGGUGGCACCGCAGAACACCUUUUUGGAGAACAUCGUCAGGCGCUCCAGCGAAUCGAGUUUCUUACUGGGAAAUGCCCAGAUUGUGGAUUGGCCUGUAGUUUACAGUAAUGACGGUUUUUGUAAACUCUCUGGAUAUCACCGAGCUGACGUCAUGCAGAAAAGCAGCACUUGCAGUUUUAUGUACGGUGAAUUGACUGACAAGAAGACCAUUGAGAAAGUGAGGCAAACUUUUGACAACUACGACUCAAAUUGCUUUGAAGUUCUUCUAUACAAGAAAAACAGAACCCCUGUUUGGUUUUACAUGCAAAUUGCACCAAUAAGGAAUGAACAUGAAAAGGUGGUCUUGUUCUUGUGCACUUUCAAGGAUAUUACCUUGUUCAAACAGCCAAUAGAGGAUGAUUCAACAAAAGGUUGGACGAAAUUUGCUCGAUUGACACGGGCUUUGACAAAUAGCCGGAGCGUUUUGCAGCAGCUCACACCAAUGAAUAAGACAGAGGUGGUCCACAAACACUCGAGAUUAGCCGAAGUUCUUCAGCUGGGGUCGGAUAUCCUUCCUCAGUACAAACAAGAAGCGCCAAAGACGCCACCGCACAUUAUUUUACACUAUUGUGCUUUUAAAACCACUUGGGAUUGGGUGAUUUUAAUCCUUACCUUCUACACCGCCAUCAUGGUUCCUUACAAUGUUUCCUUCAAGACGAAGCAGAACAACAUAGCCUGGCUGGUGCUGGACAGCGUGGUGGACGUUAUUUUUCUGGUCGAUAUCGUUUUAAAUUUCCACACGACUUUUGUGGGGCCUGGCGGAGAGGUCAUUUCCGACCCCAAGCUCAUAAGGAUGAACUAUCUGAAAACGUGGUUUGUGAUUGAUCUGCUUUCUUGUUUACCUUAUGACAUCAUCAAUGCCUUUGAAAACGUGGAUGAGGGAAUCAGCAGUCUCUUCAGUUCUUUAAAAGUGGUGCGGCUCUUGCGACUCGGCCGUGUUGCUAGGAAGCUGGACCAUUACCUGGAGUAUGGCGCGGCCGUCCUCGUCCUCCUGGUGUGUGUGUUCGGGCUGGUCGCCCACUGGCUGGCCUGCAUCUGGUACAGCAUUGGAGACUAUGAGGUCAUCGACGAGGUCACCAACACCAUCCAGAUAGACAGUUGGCUCUACCAGCUGGCCUUGAGCAUUGGGACUCCAUACCGAUACAACACCAGUGCCGGGAUAUGGGAAGGAGGGCCCAGCAAGGACUCCCUGUACGUGUCCUCGCUCUACUUUACCAUGACAAGCCUUACAACCAUAGGAUUUGGAAACAUAGCUCCUACCACCGAUGUGGAGAAGAUGUUUUCUGUGGCCAUGAUGAUGGUUGGCUCUCUUCUUUAUGCAACUAUUUUUGGAAAUGUUACCACAAUUUUCCAGCAAAUGUACGCCAACACCAACCGAUACCACGAGAUGCUGAAUAACGUACGGGACUUUCUGAAGCUCUAUCAGGUCCCCAAAGGCCUCAGUGAACGGGUCAUGGAUUACAUUGUCUCAACUUGGUCCAUGUCAAAAGGCAUCGACACGGAAAAGGUCCUUUCCAUCUGUCCCAAGGAUAUGAGAGCUGAUAUCUGUGUUCACCUAAACCGGAAGGUUUUUAAUGAACAUCCUGCCUUUCGACUGGCCAGCGAUGGGUGUCUGCGCGCCUUGGCGGUAGAGUUCCAGACCAUUCACUGUGCCCCCGGGGACCUCAUUUACCACGCUGGAGAGAGCGUGGAUGCCCUGUGCUUUGUGGUGUCAGGAUCCUUAGAAGUCAUCCAGGAUGAUGAGGUGGUGGCUAUUUUAGGGAAGGGGGAUGUGUUUGGAGACAUCUUCUGGAAGGAAACCACUCUUGCUCAUGCCUGUGCCAACGUGCGUGCGCUGACCUACUGUGACCUGCACAUCAUCAAGCGGGAAGCCCUGCUCAAGGUCCUGGACUUCUACACAGCUUUUGCAAACUCAUUCUCGAGGAAUCUCACUCUGACUUGCAACCUGAGGAAACGGAUCAUCUUCCGCAAGAUCAGCGACGUGAAGAAGGAGGAGGAGGAACGUCUCCGGCAGAAGAACGAGGUGACCCUCAGCAUCCCCGUGGACCACCCCGUCCGGAAGCUCUUCCAGAAGUUCAAGCAGCAGAAGGAGCUGCGGAGUCAGGGCGCGGCGCCCGGGGAGCCCGAGCGCAGCCAGCUGCAGGUGGAGACCCGCGCGCUGCAGAACGGGGCCUCCACCACCGGCACCAGCGUGGUGACGGUGUCGCAGAUCACGCCCAUCCCCACCUCUCUGGCCUACGUGAAGACUAGCGAGUCCCUGAAGCAGAACAACCGCGAGGCCCUGGAACUGAAGCCCAACGGCAGCGCUGAGCCCAAAUGUCUCAAAGUCAACAGCCCCAUAAAAAUGAAAAACGGGAAUGGGAAGGGCUGGCUGCGGCUCAGAAAUAACGUGGGCGCCCCGGAGGAGAAGCAGGAGGGCUGGAACAAUGUCACCAAGGCCGAGUCCCUGGGGCUGUUGUCAGAGGACGCCAAGGGCAGCGACUCGGACAACAGCGUGGCCAAAAACCCGCUAAGGAAAACAGACUCCUGCGACAGCGGAAUUACGAAAAGUGACCUCCGUCUGGACAAGGCUGGGGAGGCGCGGAGCCCGCUGGAGCACAGCCCGGUCCAGGCGGACGCCAAGCACCCGUUCUACCCCAUCCCCGAGCAGGCCUUACAGACCACGCUGCAGGAGGUCAAGCUCGAACUCAAGGACGACAUCCAGCUGCUGAGCUGCAGGAUGACUGCGCUAGAGAAGCAGGUGGCGGAAAUUUUAAAAAUACUGUCCGAAAAAAGCGCACCCCAGACCUCUUCUCCCACAGCCCAGAUGCCACUCCAAGGACCUCCCCAAAUUCCAUGUCAGGAUAUUUUUAGUGUUUCAAGGCCUGAAUCCCCUGACUCUGACAAAGAUGAAAUCCACUUUUAAUAUAUAUAUAAAUAUAUAUAUAUAUACACGUAUAUAUUUGUUAAUAUAUUAAAACAGUAUAUACAUCUAUAUACAUAUGUGUGUAUAUACAGUAUAUACAUCUAUAUAUUUUCACUUGCUUUCAAUAUGAUGAACACAACCUGGGUUUUGAUAUGUAAAUAUUGCAUGUCCAGCUGGAUUCUGGCCUGCCAAAGAAGACGAUUAUAAUUCAAAACAUAGAUAUUGCUUGUAUAUGAUGCAGUUGACUGCAUGCACACUUUACAAUUUAUUUAUAAUCUCUAUUCUAUAAUGAAAAAGUAUGACUUUUGUUAACCAAGGCAAUGUAAUAUUUGAAGAAUCAGGGUCCAACCUGCCAAUGUCGCCAUGACAAAUUUGAUCUCAGGCUGAGUCUACCGAGCUGUCAUUUCCUCACUGUUCUGUUAAGUUAAAGUUAUAGAUGGAUGCCAAGAAUUCAGUCUUUUAAACUAUUAGUAUCAUUUUAUGAUAUCUUUCCAUAGGCUGUUUUUCUGUAACUUAGUGUGAGGUUAUUUCCCCCCACCCCCAGGCAGUGUUCUCUCCGUUGAAAUGACUGUUCUGUUGCCUAAAGUCAGAUAGUAGUGUGGAAUAUUGAAAACUUAUUGCUAUGGGUUUUGUGCAUGAAUUGCAUUUUUGCUAACCUAUACCUCUUCCUUUUUUUUAAACAUUAGAUAGUAAUCAUUAACUCUUACGUAAGGAAAUCCACACCCUCUCUGUCUUGGAGAACAGCUGCCAUCAUGUAAGCUAACGAUAUCAACACCAUAAAUACUGAUUUAUUAAUAUAGUGUAUAUUAUUAUAAAAAUACUGCACCACAGGGUAUAAGGGCCUUUUAACAAUUCAUGUUAGAGAUGCUGAUUUUUCCCAAGGUGAUGAAUCCUCUAAAUACAUGAAUUCUAAAACUUGUUCAAGAGUGAGGUUGAAAGGCUCUUAGCAAAGAAACAUAC